CGACCACUGGCAAAAUAGACAUUAUACCAAACAUACAAGGGUAAAAUUGUAAUUAUAAUUUGAUAACCCUCAUAAAAAUUGGCAAAAGAUAUUUUAUGUUCAUUCUAGAAACUUUACUUCACUCUAGAAGUAUCUUCUCUCCACUCUCUCACUCUCCUCCAUAAAAAUCUCAUUGCAAUCAGAAAGUAUCAUCAUCUCCUUACUCCUCCAUGGACAAAUCCUCGAAUGGUUAUCCUCAAGCAAUCGAAUUCAAGAACAAAUCACUACUACUCAAAAUCAAACACCCAACCCUGAUUAACUUUGACUCCGAUUGAAUCAAACCCUUCAAACGAAUCUCGAAUCACCCUUUUUUACGAAAAUUCUCUGAUUUCUUAAAAACAAGUAGCGAGUUGAAAUGGGAGAUAGAAGGAUACUGUUGCUUCUAGUGCUGGUACUAUUAGUGUCCUUUGUUGGUGCUUAUGAAGAGGAAGAAAACGAUCAAAGGACACAAGGAGAAAAAUGGUUUUUGCUGCGUCAGUUACAUAAUGUUGUGAAAACUGAUGCAGGGUCUAUGAGAAUGGUGAAGGGUGGCUAUCGUGGGGGUUCGCAUCUCCAUAGUCCAAUGCAUAUUGGUUUCAUCUCCAUGGAACCCAAUAGCCUCUUUAUCCCUCAGUACCUCGAUUCCGAUCUUGUCCUCUUUGUUCACCAUGGGGAAGCAAGAGUUGGACACAUCCAUAGGGAUGAAUUAGCAGAAAGGAGUUUGAAGCAGGGAGACGUGUACACGAUUUCUGCUGGAUCAGCUUUCUAUUUGGAGAAUAGAAAUGAAAACCAGAGACUUCGCAUAAUUUGUAGUAUUGGUAUUACCUCAGAAUCCAUGGGAUGGCAUGCAUUCCAGUCUUUCUUCAUUGGCGGUGGAACUCAUCCUACAUCCAUUCUUGCUGGAUUCGAUCAUACCACAUUAUCAACUGCUCUUAAUGUUUCAACAGCAGAAGUAAGAACGUUCCUGACCAGACAAUCUUCGGGGCCAAUUGUGCAUAUAUCUGAUUCUCAUCAUCACACAAACAUUUGGACUGAAUUUGUUUCCCAAGAACCCCACCAAAAAUUAGCUCACUUGAAGAGGAUUGUGAAUUUAGAGGAAGAAGUUAGCCCAAAAGAGGAAGAAUCAACAUGGUCAUUGAGGAAAUUCUUGUGUACCUUACUGCACAGAAAAGAUGUUGUCAAGAGAGUGAAUCAUGAAGCUCCAUCAUCGUACAAUCUCAACAACAGGAAUCCUGAUUUCAAGAACAAUUACGGAUGGAGCAAGACAGUGGAUGAGUCUGAUUAUUCUCCUUUGCAACAAUCAGGCAAUGGUGUUUAUCUUGUCAAUCUAUCUCAGGGAUCCAUGAUGGCACCUCAUGUCAACCCAAGAGCAAUAGAGUACGGAGUAGUGUUGAAAGGGACUGGCAGGAUCCAAAUUGUGUAUCCAAAUGGGACUUUAGCAAUGAAUGCAAGAGUACGAGAAGGGGACGUUUUUUGGGUGCCAAGGUACUUCCCCUUCUGCCAAAUUGCUUCAUCAAAUGGCCCGCUUGAGUUCUUUGGUUUCACUACAUCAGCAAGGAGGAACCAUCCACAAUUCUUGGUGGGUAGGAACUCAUUGAUGCAAAGCUUGAGAGGGCCAGAAUUUGCUGCUGCAUUUGGAAUCAGUGAGAAAAGGCUUAACAGGAUUGCCAAUGCACAACGUGAACAAGUCAUCUUGCCUUCAUCAUCGUCAGAUUCUCCUAUGAGGAUGAACAUUGGUUCUUAUUAGUUUAUGGAAAUUCUAGUUCGUCGUUGGUCUAGUUGAAUUAUGGCACGAAAGCUCGAAGCCAAUUUUGUUACUUUUCAUUUACUUCCCCUGUUAUUCAGUCUGAGUUUGUUUCCUUGGCGUCUUGUUGGAAGCAAGACACAUUGCGCAUUUGAGUUGUGAAUAAGACGGAUUUGUUUCCUUGA